AUGGGCCGUCGUCUUCAGGAAUACGAGGUCAUUGGGCGCCAUCUGCCCACCGAGGCCAACCCUACCCCAGACAUGUACCGCAUGACCAUCUUCGCUCCUAACGAGACGGUCGCAAAGUCCCGAUUCUGGUACUUCUUGCGCGGUCUCCGAAAGGUCAAGAAGGCUACUGGCGAGAUUGUCAGCGUCAAGGCCAUCCACGAGAAGCACCCCAUGAAGGUCAAGAACUUUGGCAUCUGGCUGCGCUACGACUCUCGGUCGGGCACUCACAAUAUGUACAAAGAGUACCGUGAGAUGUCCCGUACGGACGCCGUUGAGGCUCUGUACAGCGACAUGGCUGCCCGUCACCGCGCCCGCUUCAGGUCGAUCCACAUUCUCCGUGUUGUUGAGAUCGAGAAGGCCGAGGACGUCAAGCGCCCCUAUAUCAAGCAGCUCCUUCAGAAGGGCCUGAGCUUCCCUCUCCCGCACCGUAUUACCAAGGCUAGCAGCAAGAAGGUGUUCAGCGCGAAGCGACCUUCCACCUUCGCUUAA